AUGACAGGGUCUGGUUCCCCAUGUGGUGCCUGCAAAUUCUUGAGAAGAAAAUGCGUGAGGGGUUGUGUGUUUGCCCCUUAUUUCUGCCAUGAACAAGGUGCUACUCAUUUUGCGGCAAUUCACAAGGUUUUCGGAGCGAGCAACGUGUCAAAGCUCCUCGCUCACUUGCCAGUGAGUGAUCGUUGUGAAGCCGCCACCACGAUCGCAUAUGAAGCUCAGGCUAGGCUCCAAGAUCCCACUUAUGGUUGUGUCUCACAUAUUUUUGCCCUCCAACAGCAGGUUGUCAAUCUUCAAGCCCAACUGGCUUCUCUCAAGGAACAAGCAGCUCAGUGCAUCCCAAAUAGCUCCAACAGUGCAAACCCUACUGACAAAUUUUUUGGGGAUGGCCAUUUUUUUCUGCAAGAUGUUCAAAAUUGGUACUCACAGUCCUUUCAAAAUCAAGACAUGAUGUCCCAAUUUGAUCCUAACUUGAACAAUACAACUGGAGAUAUGCCUUAUUUAGAAAACGACGAAAACACGAAUCUAAACCCUGUUGUGAAGAGUGAAAAUUCGGGUUUUCAUGAGGGAAACAUCUCAUUUGGGAGCAUGGAUUCAUUUGAAAUGCUAUCAAAUAACAGGCAAUAG